AUGACACUUGAUCUUGGGCCACUUGGCCAGCAAUCCAUACCGUCCGCGAUCCUCUUAGGAAUUGGUGCCCUCACAGCCGUGUCCGUUUCAUGGACAAUCCUUCGGGUCAUCCUCAGUACAUUCGUGCUACCUGGCCAAUCACUCUCCAAAUUCGGUGCCAAAGGAACAUGGGCCGUAGUUACAGGAGCCAGUGAUGGAAUUGGGAAAGAGUUUGCAUCUCAACUGGCAAAAAAGGGUUACAAUGUGAUUUUGGUAUCACGCACAGCGUCCAAGUUGGAUGCACUGAAGACUCAAAUCAAAUCCGCCUCGCCUAACGUUUCGGUCGAAACGUUGGCUAUGGAUUUCUCUCAGAAUCGAGACUCCGAUUAUGCCGCUUUAGCUUCUCUUGUACAGGGCAAACAAGUCUCCAUCCUGAUCAAUUCUGUCGGACAGAGCCACUCAAUCCCAGUGGAAUUUGCUGAAACACCAGUGAACGAGCUUACCAAUAUCAUCAACAUUAAUUGCUUGGGAACGCUCAGAGCUACACAGACAAUCCUCCCAAGCAUCCUACCGCAGAAGAGAGGCCUCAUCUUGACCAUGGGAUCUUUUGGUGGAUUGGCCCCCACUCCCCUCUUGGCUACUUAUUCCGGCUCCAAGGCUUUCCUUCAGCAGUGGUCCAAUGCUUUGGCCUCAGAGCUUUCAUCAAAGGGUGUGGAUGUCUACUUCGUUCACUCCUAUCUUGUAACCUCUGCCAUGUCGAAGAUCAGGCGUGCCAAUUGGCAGGUGCCUACGGAGAAAGCCUUUGUCAGAUCCACUUUGGGCAAGAUUGGUCGACGAGGUGGAAGUAUUGGAUUCACCCACAGCGGCAGUCCAUAUUGGAGUCAUGCUCUUAUCGCCUCGCUUAUGACGGGUCUAUUAGGUCCUUUCAGCAGCAUCCUAUUGUCAAUUAACAAGAAAAUGCAUAUUGACAUCAGAAAGCGGGCUUUGAGAAAAGCAGAGCGUGAAAAGGCUCAGGGCAAGAAGGCUGCUUGA